UCGUAGUCGCCAUAUGGAACGCUCAAAAGAGUGAAAUGGCGCUGUGAACGCUUAGUGGAAUGCACCCUAUGUGUAUUACAUUCUCUUCGAAUGGACUUAACCUCAAAUUUGGAAUUUAAAAAAUAAACAUGGGUAAAAACAAAAAGGACAAAAAAAAAGGAAAGGGAGCCGAAAAGACUACAGCCAAAACAGAGAAGAAACUAACAAAUAAAAUGAAAAAAGAACUACAAGCUAAAGGAGAGGAUGAUAUAGAAACUAUUUUAUCACAACUCGAGAAAGAAGAAAAAAAAAGGUUGCAAGUAACCGAGGCACUCAUAGAUCCACCAUCAAGAAGACUCAAUUUCAGUCUUGUUGCUCAUCCCGAUAAAGAACAACUUAUUUUGUACGGUGGAGAAUAUUUCAACGGUCAAAAAACCUUAGUGUACGGUGAUCUAUUUUUUUACAAUAUACCCAAUAACACUUGGACAGUAGUCAAAGCUCCCGGGGGUCCUCCUCCUAGAUGUGGACAUCAGAUGGUAGUGAGUUCAGCUAAUAAAGGUCAAUUAUGGGUAUUUGGAGGUGAAUUUGCUUCCCCUACACAAUCACAAUUUUAUCAUUAUAAAGAUUUGUGGGUUUUCCAUUUAGAGACCAAAACAUGGGAAAAAAUAGCAGCUCCGAACGGACCAUCAGCGAGAAGUGGUCACCGAAUGGUUCUGGUUAAAAAACAUCUUUUUGUUUUUGGCGGUUUUCACGAUAAUUUAAGGGACUACAAGUACUUCAAUGAUUUGUAUAAUUUUAAUAUUGAAACUUAUGUGUGGACUAAGUUAGAACCAACUGGAACUGCUCCUCUACCUAGAUCAGGAUGUUGUAUGGUGGCAUUGAAUGAUGGAAAGGUUCUGAUUUAUGGUGGAUACAGCAAGGAACGAUUAAAGAAAGAUGUUGAUAAGGGACUUGUUUUCAAUGAUGCAUUUCUAUUAAAUCCGGACAAAAAUGAUGCCACUGGUACAAAAUAUAAAUGGUCAGUGGUAAAAUUAGGAGGAAUAACAUUCUCUCCAAGAUGUAGUAUGCCAAUCGUUUCUUCUACAAAUAAUUCAGUAGCAUAUACUUAUGGGGGGGUUUUUGAUGUAGAGGACGAUGAGGAGAAUCUUUCUGGUCACUUUUACAACGAUUUCUAUCAAAUUGACUUGGAGAAAUUGAUUUGGAAAAACGUGUCUCUUAGUGGAAAAAAGGAGAAAAACACAAAGGCUAGGAGAAAUAAAAAUAAAGGGGAGGAAGUCGAUGAAAGUGAAGAUGGUGGAGGUAUGGAAGUAGAGAAAAUUGAAGAAAAAAUUGAAUCUACCACAAUAUCAGAUGAUGGUGUCUUCAAAGUUACUGUCGGUCCUGCUCUAAGUGUUCUGGAAGCAGGAUUGAUUUCCAAAGAACGGAAUUCUACAUAUUUCCAACCUUCACCUAGAAUUAAUUGUGGUUUGGCUAUUAAGCACGGCAUUCUAUAUUUAUAUGGUGGGAUGUUCGAAGACGGAGACAAACAAAUUACCUACAGUGAUUUUUAUUCUUUGGAUUUAAAAAAAUUAGAUGAAUGGAAAACUAUUAUUCCGGAUGAUACAUCUAAGAUUGAAUGGUUGGGGUCGGAAUCUGAAAGCGAUGAUGAAAACAGCGAUGAAGAGGAGGAAGAUGAUGAGGAAUCAGAAAUGGAAAUCGAGUAAAAUAAAUUUUUUUCAAAUUAA